GCCAGCAUCGGCACAAUCGGAGCUGCUUCUGAGGACGCACGGACAAAUGUCUUCGAUGGAAAGCCUCUCACUAACUUGCAAAAUAAUAGCAGUCACGUGUUUCGUCGGCAUGACAACGUGCAGUUUUCAAUUUAACACGAAAAAUUUCCAACUAUAUCGCCUGUGGGACAUGGACGACCGCAUGCCGCCCUUCAGUCCCGUUAGUCCCAUCACGUGCAAGGAGGAGUGCGCCAUGAUUUGCAUGAGUGACGUCACAUGUGCUGCUUUCUCACAUGGCGAGUAUGUGAGGUUCUGCAUGGUGACCCCAGAAAGUGUCAGGCCCUACGACGUGUCCAUCAGCAAUCCGCUGCCUGGCUUCACACACUACAGUUUAUACGAAGACAUCGGGGAGGGCAUCUUACCACCUGGCUACCGGACAUUCAACAUCUCCAAACUUGCCCUGCGGUUCCACUACUACUGGCCAAGGAACUGGACAGACGCACGUGACACGUGCGCCAGCGAGGGCGGUCGUCUGCUCACUUUGGACACGGAGGAGAAGAGACAACUGCUGCAAGACCUCAUCACAAGCAAUAAAGAGUUGAGCACUACCGGGACAGGGCUGUACGUUGGUGGGAUGGUAAAUGGUACAGAGUUCUACUGGGAGGACGGUACUCUCCUGGCCAACAGCGACCCUCUGUGGGCAGCAUCACCUGCCGGAACCGGAAACUGCACCAUCUUGGACCGCGAUAAGGGCUUCCGACUCGUUGAUGGCGACUGUUCGCUAGAGCAGCCCUAUAUUUGUGAACACCUGCAUUUUGAGACACAGAGUACACUUCCUUCAGUUGGUCGACAGAGUUUAACCUAGCAUCAAUGGAUGUAUGUUUGUGAUUAUGUUACAGUUCUUUUCGAAAAGUGCAAGAUGCACGUCCUUUAUAAAUGAUCGACUAAACAACAAAACACACCUGAAAUCUAAAACACAAAAUUUGCGUUGUUUAACAAUAUGAUAAAUAUAAACGUAUUGAAUCAGAACUGAAAAUUACGUCCUUUGUACAUCGAACUCAACACGUGAUAAGGGACCGGUCAUUUAUUACAGGAGUUGUGGAGGGAUGGGUGGGGGUGUCGGAGGUUAUUGAUGCACUAAUGUCCUGAAAAUAAUAACCCUCCCCUAAUGCUUGUCCCAUUUGUCAUGACCCUCCCUGAAAUAUCAAUACAUUUAAGCAUCCCUCUGUCCAUCCACUACCCUAUGAUAAAUGACCUGUCCCUGACGGUCUUGUAUCAAAAUGUAUGUGGUGUUAGCGGAAUUCUGUUUCUUGUGUUCACAAAUGUUCUUUUGUCAAAUUGGGAAGGCGCCGAAAUUUCCAAUGCUGUUUCCUUUCGAUAUACACGCACGAUUCCAUGCAUAAUGGUACCCGGGAGAGGAAAGUAGCCAUUCGUGACCAACUCGUGUUAUUCCGGGACAAGCCGAAUUGCAGGUUACGGAAAGGGGCGAGUGGUGACGAAUGGAAAGUAGCAAAGAGCGACCUACGGAUCACAACGCGGCUGUGUACCGUCAUAGAUGUCUUCAUACUAUUUGAUUUCUGAUUUAUUUGUUUUAAGAACAAAGUGUCUCAAACUAAAACUCCUGCCUAUUCAAUGGAAUCAUAAUUCUUCACGUGCCCUCGACAAAUUCUUAGGUCCGUCAGAGAAAUGCCAGUAAGCACCAAUAAGACUGAUCACAGAAUGAAGUGGCAUUUUCAAUAAUGUAACAAAUGUUAUAUUUGGGAUAACACAUUCUUAGUAAAGUGCAUAUUCUAGUACUGUUUUGGGUUGAGUCCCGUCCGGGAUUCGAACCAACACAUUCGACCACUUCCUAAAUUGCAUUGUGUUUAUUUUCAAUAAUGUUUACAUUACCGGAUAUAACUAUGCAAUCUUCAGACCAGACAUUGUAUGGACAUAUACUCGGAGGCAUAAAAAAAAAAAUGACCUAAUCGCCCCCAAAAAAGUGGAUGUCGUGUUCUGGUUCCUGACCAUCAACUUUAGGAGAAUCAUUGAUGUGGACAUUAUGGAUCUGUGUUCACGUGCGGUUAUUGUCUCAACUUAAACAGGUUAUGUUAAAACGUAUUUUUAAAACAGUGAAGGAGUGCCAAGUUAUUCACGUGCAAACUAUGCACUCAGGCCCAAUAAAAUCAGAUGUGAUCACAUGUCAGAUCACGGCUUGGCGAAUUCGAAGUGGGUAUGUCCCAGGCCAGUUUGGAUGUCGGAGGUUCACAACGCCAUGCAUGUUGCCUGUCGACCAUUGCGAGACUUCAUGUUCGGUAAAUCAACAAAAACUUCUGACCGACCUCAUUGAGGCAACUACGUAAUCCAUUAGGGCCAUAUCAUUUGUUUUCUUUCUUAAAACUUAAAGAUACGAAUUUAAAAUUUCAGGAUACGGUGUUGAAGAUCCAUGAUACGUUUUAAGUCGACCAUUGCGAGAUUUCAUGUUCGGUAAAUCAACAAAAACUUCUGACCGACCUCGUUGAGGCAACUACGGAAUACCAUUAGGGCCAUAUCAUUUGUUUUCUUACUUAAAAAUUAAAGUUACGAAUUUGAAAUUUCAGGAUACGAUGUUGAUCAUUCACGAUACCGUGUUGAAAUAUCACGAUAAUACAAUCAAUGCUUUAUAUUGUUAUUGCACUUGAAACUUCAAAGAAGUACCUUGAAUUUUCAACAUAGUAUCUUGAACUCUCAACAUAUUACCUUGAAAUUACAACAUACUGUCUGGCACUUUCAAGACAAAUGAUAUGGCUUACAAGGCAACUCAUAUGCGAGUUUACAUAUUGUGCUCUUACGUAAUCAAUUACAGACUUCUUUCUUCAGAUGUCCACGCCUCACGGUUGCGGGAAGGGCCUCAGUGUAUAUAUACAUAUAUGUAUUUUGAGUGCAGGUGACCCGUCUGUGAUCACGGCAUCAAUGAUGUCAGUGAAAUUAGUUCCAUGACGGUAACACUCCGCAUCAUGUACCUAAAUGAACGUUUUGGACAACUAUGUGCAGAAAAUGUUAAUAAAUCAGCUUCAUCUGAACCUCAGUUUUCGUUUUUAACGCCUCGAAUGUUUUCUUUUAUGAAAAACGUAUUACCUGUUUGUCUAUACAUGUGAAGUGUUUGUAUUGUUGUUCACGUGCGCACAAUCAGUGUCUACUAUUAUGAGUUUUUGUUGUAUUCUGUGACGACGUCUGUUUGUAAAGAUUAAACGCUUCAU